AUGACGUGGAACAGCAGAAAUACCAGAGAGAGGCAGAAGUUAUACAACAUCAACAAGAGCGCGCUCGACUACAAGUGUUUACAGGCUGUCCGCACUUCCAUCGAAACUGGCACCUCGACUAUCAGCACGAAACUCGACACUGCGGUAAACGUUUUUCGCGAUGGAGAGAUUCAUCAGAGGGCUUCAAGACUAUCUGUCACAAAUUCGAAUGACAGAGUCGCCGGCCUUGUCGAUCAUUUUUCGACCACUGUUGACGAUGAAAACAACGACCUGGUCGCAGGUGACACUGGAUUUGCCAAGCUCGAUGGAAUUACCAACGCGGUCGACGAAAUCAAGAAAACACUUAUCGCGGUUCAGGCUGGCGUCUGCCAUAUCGACAUUCUCGCUAAAGCAAUCAAUCGCAUCGAGACGAGCUGUGGUAAGCUCCAAGGGCUUCCCGAUGCCUUCCUUGAUAUCAUGAGCAGAUUGGAGGCACUUGCAGCCAGUUGCGGUAAGCUUGAUGGUAUCUCCAAGGUCAUGAAUCGGGCCAACGACAAGCUCGUCGAAAUUGAAACAUCCUCUGGCGAUACAGCCGAACUCGCAAAGAUCUCAGAAGCACACCAAAGAAAGCUAGCCGAAUCAGUCGUCAACAUCGACGGUAAACUGGUCACCAAAUUGACGGAGAUAAAAUUUGCCGCUUGCAUGAGGCCCACGGAUGCCAAGAUCAAUGCUCUCAAACAGGCAGUCGACGAUUUACCCUCCAGGUCUGACCUUGCGUCGGAGAUUUCCCGCCAACUCGCAACUGGAUCUUGGAUUGAUGAGGCUGGGGGAAGGAGCAAUGGGUUGGGCGAGGAGGAGGAGAGGAUCAUUGGCAUGGGCUCACAUCGUCAGAAUGAGAUGAUUCAAGUCACAGAUCGCCUUCAAAAUCAGUUGACCAAUGUUGAAGAACUUGUUCCCCGUAUCCAACUUGAGCAAUCACAAGCAUUAGUCAGGGACUUGCAGGAGGAAGUGACUCGUUUGGGCGCCAGUCUCGAGUGUGAGAAACGGCAUAACGCAGCCCAAUCCCAGAGUCUAUCUGAACAAGCCAUCAAGCUGGAAUCCGAACAGAAGCGCGCUCAACUGGCUGAGGGCGCCAAUAUCGAAUUGCACGCCAAUAUUGCCGAUACCGAGAGACGGUCGCGAACUUCUGCCGAUGAAGCGAAAGCCCUUUAUCAGGAUCUAAAGACGGCAUGGGGAGACCAGAAGAAAACCUUGGAGGAUCAGGUCUUGGACAAGGCGUCUAUUAUCGAGUCCAACCAGCGAGAAAUUGAGAGCAUGCGUUCGCAACUUGUUGCCACACAGAACAAGCUAUCAAUCGCGGAGGGCGAGAAGUCUAAUGUUCGAAGGUCUCUAGCAGAUACCAACCUCGAAGCCACAUCCCUUGUCCGACAAUUGGGUGAGUCGCAUGGUCGACUAGGUGAAACACAGAAGCUUGUAAAAGACGUCAAGACAGAUCUCCAGACGGCUGAAGGACCCAUCGCCACACUUGAGGCCGAGCCCACAAACCCGCCGUCUGUCACUCUCACACAAGCGCUUGAAGAAUUCGUAGCUGUAUACGAGAAGUUAGUAGAUCAUGUUACAAAAAAUCGCAACAGCACUGGCCAGAUAUGA